UGCAUAUUUCCUACGUAUAGGUAACCCACCUAAAUACUUAAUAGUAUACCGUAACGUGCACAGUUGACGAACCGAUUUGCACACGUUUGUAUUGUUUGGCGUCGAAAUUCAGUCGACAGAUAAUGUAAUAUUACAGAUGAAAAAUAUAUAGGUAUCUACCUACUGAUCAUACAGACGACAUUCAUGACCAACGACCGUCGAAAGACAAAUUUUAACGCCGGUUUAGUUUGAUAAAUUUCUAUUAAACCGUGUACUUAUAUUGUAUUCGAAACGAUAAAACGCUGUCAAAGAGGUGAUAGCGACAACAGCAUAAGAGCUGCGAUGAAGACGAGCCACGGCCGAACGAUGCGCUCGUUGGCUGUACUGAUGUUCGUGGUAGCUUCGGCCACGUGCCAGCAGACCAUGUCAUUUCCAGACGGCGAAGGCAAAAGCGGCGCCGGCGUCGCGGACAACGGGACGACGUCUGGCGCCGGCCCGGGGAACAGGAGCGGCAAGAACCUGUUCAACUGGUUGGGUAGUUUCUCAGACGAGGGUGCUGACCCGUACCUGUCGUCGGCCAACGGAGCGUGUCUGCAGGGUGACAUGGCCGAGUGUUUCAAGGCCCGCGCCCUGUCCGGCCUGGGCGACUUCUUCGUCCGGGACGCGUACCGGCUGAACGAGAACGUGCGAGUUGUACGCCUGAGGGACGAAGACGACGACGGCGGCCGUCACGCGUCCAGGGCGUUCGAGUUCUCGUCGGAACAGCGGCCCGAGGACACCGAAUGGGACAAGCUGGUGAAGUUCGCCACGCGCAAGGCCGAGCGGUUCCUGCGAUCGGCCGCCGUCGAGGUGCACGUGCCCGACGAGCUGACGGAGGGUGGCCGGUACUCGCCAAGGUUCAUCGACGAGAUAUCCUCCGAGCUGGACACGCUAGAGGACAAGAAAGCUAGCGUCAUAACUAAGAAGAAAGUGAAGAAAUUACUGAUCCCACUGCUGAUCGUGCUUAAACUGUUCAAACUGAAACUCCUGCUUUUCCUGCCGCUCAUCCUGGGUCUGGCGUCGUUCAAGAAGGUGCUUGGCUUCCUGGCACUGGUCGUUCCCGGCCUCAUCGGGUUCUUUAAACUGUGCAAGCCUGACCUCCAGCACAACUACGGCACGUUCGGGCACAGCAGCUACUAUCACAGGCCGUCCAACGGCGGUGGACCUCUGCCCCAGUCUGGACCCGUCUACUCGCCGUACCGUGAACAUCAGGAACCGCAGUACCACCGUGAACACUUGGAACAACCACAGUACCACCGUGAACAUCCGGUAGAUCCGCAACAGUACCUGUACGAGUCAGCCGACGCGCAGCCGUACAACAGCCGGCCAGCCCGGAACCAGCAGGACGGCAAGGUACCGUCUUCCGGUUCAGUCGCGUUUAAGGAAGAGGCCAACGACAUGGCGUACAACGGUUACAACAGGCAGCAGCGGCGAUAAAACCAUACAAAUAUAAUUGUAUCCAUGGCCACUGCAGCGGACACCGUCCUCGUUAUCGCAGGAUAUCCAUAUAAUUCCAUAUGUACAUAGAUCACUCUAUCCCCGCUAACCACUUCACUGUCGUACCAUAUAUCUGUACUCGCGCAACUCGUCUUCUGCCGUGUAAAAACAUAAUAGUAUUAUAAUAUAUUAUUGUACAACGCCUCGACAUCGCGAUAUUUAUAAUGAUUCCUACACUAGCCAUUACGAUUCGUCGGGAAAUUUAGAAUUUUGCAACUUCAUAUUUUUUAUCCUCGCGUGUACAGGCUCGAUUUACUACUAUUAUAGUUACUAUUUGUACUACGAGUCGAUUUGCGUCGAGACGAGUUUUAGAAGUCGUGCGCGAUUUCAAUAUGCAAUACCUAUGCGCGUAGUUCCUCGUAAUCGCGGCGAGACAAAUAUAUAUAACUGUUUUCUGUGACAGUCGUGGUAUAUCAUAUCAACUAUAAUAAUUAUUAUAAUUAUUAUUAUUAUGAGCCUUAAUAUUAUUUUUUUUUUUAUACAUUUUUGCGCAGUGUGACAAAAACGGGUGAUAUUUUAUAUAAUUUAAUUAGAUUUUGUAUUUUAUUGUAAAUAUAUUUUUAAACUGUAAUUAUGUAAAGAUAAUAUAUUUUCACUACCAUAAAACCCCGCUGAUUUAAGUAUAAUAAUAAUAAUAAAUAAUAUUAUAUUAUAUGUGAUUUAA